UCUGCUUCUGUCAGCCUGGUGAACGCCGAGGAAGAAGCGGCCCUGCUGUAGUUGGAGUUGUAGUUCCGAGCGGCACGUAGGCAGAACCGGAGAAGCCACGUUACUACUGACAGCGCAGCGGGACCCUACAGAGAGAACGACCCACGCGCAGCGGCGGUAGCCCACAGAAGAGAGGCGGACGCUGUGUGUGUGAGAGAGAGACCGGCAGCGCCGGGAAGAUGAGUGACGCCGCCGUGGACACGAGCACGCUCUGCCUCUUUGAUGUGGACGGCACGCUCACAGCCGCGAGACAGCGUGUGACUCCGGACAUGGCGGAGUUCCUAAAGAAGCUGAAGACUCGGGUUCGGGUCGGAGUCGUCGGAGGGUCGGACCUCUGCAAGAUCAAGGAGCAGCUGGGAAACGAUGUGAUAGAAAAGGUGGACUACGUGUUUGCUGAGAACGGCCUGGUGGCGUAUAAGAACGGACAGUUACACUCUGUGCAGUCCAUUCAAGCCCACAUGGGGGAAGAGCUGCUGCAGGAGUUCAUCAACUUUUGUCUCAACUACAUGGCCAAGAUCAAACUGCCCAAGAAAAGGGGGACCUUCAUUGAGUUUCGUAACGGCAUGCUGAACGUCUCUCCCGUCGGACGCAGCUGCACGCAGGAGGAACGGAUUGAAUUCUACGAGCUCGACCAGAAAGAGAAGAUCAGGGAGAAGUUUGUGUCUGUGUUAAAGGAGGAAUUCAAAGGAAAAGGACUCUCAUUUUCCAUCGGAGGUCAGAUCAGCUUUGAUGUGUUUCCUGACGGCUGGGAUAAGCGGUACUGCCUGGGCAUCGUCGAGAAGGACAACUACUCAACCAUUCACUUCUUUGGAGACAAGACCAAACCUGGAGGAAAUGACUACGAGAUCUUCUGCGACCCUCGGACCGUCGGCCACGAAGUGUCCAGUCCGGAAGAAACACGGCGCGUCUGCGAGCAGCUUUUCUUCUCCUGAGGGCGAACGCGUCCCAGCUGUUACUGUUCUGAUGAUAAAGAUGAAGGAUGGACGAGUCACUGACAAACACUGACGUCAGUUUUUGAUUUUAACGGGCUUGUUUGGUUUGGGGUUGGUUGGGUUUGUCUUUCUGUGCACCGCACGUUUGAUUCUGAAUCUGAAACUCCCACGUGACCCGCUGAGCCUCAGCAGCACAGACGCACACAAACAGGAUAUUUUUCUGCUGUUACUCGAAGCUUCGGGGAAAUCCCUGCAGUCUCAUGCUGUGGGCGGAGUGAUGACACGCUGCUGCAGCUGCUGCGGCUUCCUGUCUGAGCCUCAGACUGCAAAUAAAGAUGGAUGACACUCAGCUGUUUAAGAGUGAUGAAUAAAUGCAGGUGAAAUGGGUUCAUUUCCAUUUGAUGGUCACGUGUCGGCCAUCUUUAUUUUAGUCUGUGAUCCCAGCAAAGCGGUGCUGCUUUCAGCAGAUCUCCACCUGAGCUCACCUGGAUGAUGUUUCAGAACAUCAGAAGAGCUUCCAGGGGAAAAGCAGCCAAUCAUUCUGUGGCUGCAUGAAGCGGUCAUUAUAUAUAACAUGAAACUGUAGCAAUGCUUUAUAUAAUCAUGGGAUUUUAUGUACAUAAAGAUGUUACUGUUGAGUAUGAGAACUGUGGGAAAUAAAAAGGGAACAAUUCUCUUAAA